GCGCGGGGUUCGUGAGGGAGGCUGAGCGCGCCCCGCUCCCGGUCCCGGGCACGGCGAGGCCGCGGCGGCGGAACGAGCCCGCUCCGAGCUCCUGAGCAGCACCCGGGGCUGCUGCCGGUCUGCUGCGGGCUCCCUUUGCACCGUGARACCGCGGCCCUGUGCGCUGCGGGGGGAGCGCGCCGCGGCCUGCUGUGCUGGGGGCAGUGAGGGACAGCAGGUGAAGGGCGGAGAGCACUGUGGAGCAAAAGUGACAGCAAUGUGCAAAAAAUGGAUGUGGUAACUGCUCGCCUGCGGACUAAAUAUCCCCAGUGGAUGCUUAUAGAGGAUCAGGAGGAAACUUUGGGGMAUAAAAAGAGGUCUGGUGUCCARAAGAGUGUUCUGGARGAUGKKCUGCCAUUCCUGGAGUUCUGUGGCUCUGUUGUUUAUAGCUACGAAGCCAGUGACUGUUCCCUUCUCUCAGAAGAUAUCAGGCAGAGUUUGGCAGUUGGGGCUGCUGUUGGAUUUGACAUUGAGUGGCCACCAUCGUACACCARAGGGAAAAUGGCCAAAACAGCUGUAAUCCAGAUGUGUGUUGCUGAGGACAAGUGUUACUUGUUUCACAUCUCCUCCAUGGCAGGUUUUCCCAAGGGACUCAAAAGGCUGCUCGAAGAUGAAACAAUUAAAAAGGUUGGCGUAGGAAUUGAGGGAGAUCAAUGGAAGCUGAUGAGUGACUUUGAGAUCAAACUGAAGAGCUUUGUGGAGCUGGCUGACGUUGCUAAUGAGAAACUCAAGUGUAAGGAGACGUGGAGUCUGAAUGGUCUGGUGAAGCACCUUUUUGGCAGGCAGCUKUUGAAGGAUCARUCUGUCCGCUGCAGCAACUGGGAAGAGUUUCCACUCAACGAGGAGCAGAAGCUCUAUGCAGCCACAGAUGCCUAUGCUGGCUACAUUGUUUAUGAAAAACUGAAAAAGAUGAAUAACAGUGACCGUAAAUUAUUUAAUGUAAGGAAAGAUGCCACCUCUGAGGGUGUGAAGGAGCGUUUGACUUCACUGGCUGAAGAGAUAACAGACCUGGCUUCUCAUAUCCCUGACUCUUCUGGACAACARGAAAACUUCCAGAGGGCUUCAGAAAUCCUAGCUGAGAUAUCAGAGAACAUCAAUGCCUUAAAAACCACACUGCUGGGCUCAGGUUGCCCUUCUGGGUUGGAGAGAAGCUGUGGUGCAACUCCAACACAUUUUGAAGUCAAGUCAGCAARUGUGGGAGCACAAAAAGCAGAAUGUGCUGAACAGCCUGAAGGUGACCUCAACAUCUGCUCUGAUUCUACACUGGCUGCCCUCUGGGAGGGAGAAGGGAGUGGAGAGGAGGCACAGAGAGGUAACACAGCUCUGGGAAAUGGGGCUCCAGCAGCCAGAUUUACAGACAAAGAGGACCGAAAUGACUUCAUGUCCCUGGACAUUACUGAGCAAGAGCUUCAGGUCUUGGAACGUGAGGCUGAAAAGGARUUGGUCAAUGAAGCUGUUCCCGAGGAGGCGUGUUCCACAGACAAUGAACAAAAUGUUUCCUGUGUCAUUGAGAGCGAUGAAGAGCUGGAAAUGGAGAUGCUGAAAUCUCUGGAAGAUGUAGAUGAUUGUGAAGGAGUUUUACCUGAAGGAGAGUCCAAUAAUGCCAGGAAAACUCCUGACACAGAAGUUGAUAUAACACCAGAUGGUGAUGAAGAUGAAGGCAUUGAAGAAGAAGAGGAAUAUUUUGAUCCACUGCUGCCAGAACCUGGAGAAAGCCACAUCACGUGUCUGAAGACCUAUUUUGGGCACUCUUCAUUUAAACCGGUCCAGUGGAAAGUGAUCAAUUCUCUUUUAGAAGACAGAAGAGAUAAUCUUGUUGUCAUGGCAACUGGCUAUGGAAAAAGCUUAUGCUACCAGUUUCCUCCUGUGUACACUGGACACACAGGAGUUGUCAUCUGCCCUCUUAUYUCCCUGAUGGAGGACCAGGUGCUGCAGUUGACAAUGACAGGGAUUCCAGCUUGCUUCCUUGGUUCAGCUCAGUCAAAACAGGUCAAGGAUUCCAUCAGAGGGGGUCAGUACAGAGUCAUAUACAUGACUCCAGAGUUUUGUUCAGGGAAUUUAGAAUUACUUCAGGAUCUUGACCGAACUGUUGGUAUCACCCUCAUCGCUGUGGAUGAAGCUCACUGCAUCUCUGAGUGGGGCCACGACUUCAGGAACUCCUUCAGAAGUUUAGGCUUGCUAAAGAAGACUCUGCCAUCGGUCCCCAUUAUUGCUUUAACUGCAACUGCGAGUCCGUCGAUUAGAGAGGACAUAGUGAGGUGUCUGAACCUGAGGAAUCCCCAGAUCACCUGCACUAGUUUUGACAGACCUAACCUGUACCUGGAAGUUGGACAACAAAGUGGAGACAUCUGUAGGGAUUUGAAGCAGUUCCUAAYUAGGAAAGGAAGCAGUUCUGUGUAUGAGUUUGAAGGCCCCACUAUYAUCUACUGCCCUACAAGAAAGGCCACUGAGCAGGUGGUGUCUGUACUGAAUAAACUCAGCGUGGCCUGUGGUACCUACCAUGCUGGCAUGGGGAACAAAGAGAGGAGAGACACCCACCACCAAUUYAUGAGGGAUGAAAUUCAGUGCGUUGUGGCCACGGUGGCGUUUGGGAUGGGCAUCAACAAGGCRGAUAUCCGGCUGGUGAUCCACUACGGAGCCCCAAAGGAGAUGGAAUCCUAUUACCAGGAAAUGGGGAGAGCUGGGCGUGACGGGCUCCCUGCUGCCUGCUAUGUSCUCUGGACUGCCACAGACUUGGCCUGUAACAGACGCCUCCUGAACGAGAUACGCAACGACAAGUUCCGGCUGUACAAGCUGAAGAUGUUGGCAAAGAUGGAGAAGUACCUGGUGUCCAAGAGCUGCAGGAGGAAAAUCAUCCUUUCUCAUUUUGAAGACAGACAACUCCGAAAGGUUUCCUCUGGCAUCAUGGGCACAGAAGAAUGCUGUGAUAAUUGCAGGUCCAGAGGCUCCUGCCCUGCAGUCCCCAGUGAUUUCAAAGGUGGUUUGCAGGACUUUGGGAAGCAAGCGUUCCAGCUGCUGUCUGCAGUGAGUGCUCUGGAUGAGAAGUUUGGGACCAAAAUGCCAAUUCUGCUUCUUCGAGGGUCUGGCUCUCAACGCGUGCCAAGCUGGUGCCAGAGGCACCCUCUCUUUGGCAGUGGAAAAGAGUGGCCAGAGAACUGGUGGAAACUGCUCUGCCAGCAGCUGAUAAUGGAAGGGUUCCUCAAAGAAAUCCCAGGGCGUAACCACAAGUAUGCAACCAUUUGUGUGCUCACCCAGAAGGGUAGGAAUUGGCUGUCGAAAGCUGCCUCUGACUCCAAUCCAAGUCUKCUGUUACAGUCCAGUGAAGACCUGAACCUGGAGAGAACUUCUACAAGCAGCAGACCUUCGCCUGUCCACUCCAGGCAGCGCUCCCCAGGCACAAAAGGAACAACACAGUCACCAGUCAAGCAGAUAUCUCUAUAUGAGAUGUUUGCCUAUGACAGAAAAGGUAAAACUCCUCCAAGAAGUUCUAACAUGCUUAACAGUGUUCCAGGGCGCUCACCAUUGAAGUCUCCUUUGAAGCCYCAAGAACCAGGUGUUUCAGCCCAAGAAAAAGAACUGGAGACUGCUCUGUAUGGCAAGCUGCUGACUGCUAGACAGAAGGUAGCUAAUGAGAAGGAAAUUCCUCCAGCUGUCUUGGCAACCAAUAAGAUCCUGGUGGAGAUGGCCCAGAUAAGGCCUACGAGCAUUGAGAUCCUGAAGAAGAUUGAUGGUGUAUCUGAAGCCAAGUCCACCAUGUUGAUGCCUCUUCUGUCUGAAAUUAAGGAUUUCUGCCAAGCAAAUGGUUUGCAGACCGACAUAUUCCGCACAUCUGAAUGUAAGGUUCAGAAAGAAGCAUCUCCCUGGAAGUCUGCUAGAGCCCUUUCUCGCUCAGAGGAYGUCACAUAUAUCCUGUUCCAAGAGAAGAAUCUCUCUCUGAAAGCCAUCAGYGAGUGCAGAUCUCUGCCCGUGGCUGUGGUUGGCACUCACCUGCUGCAGGCUCUGAAAGCUGGCUACACUGUGAGCCUGGAGAGAGCAGGUUUGACUCCUGAAGUUCAGCACAUCAUUACCGAUGUUAUCCGCAAACCUCCCAUUAACUCAGACACUACCAAAAUUCAAGAAAUUAGAAAACUUACUCCUGCCAAUAUUGAGUUAUAUCUCAUCAAGAUGRUGAUUGCACUGUUGGAGAAAGAGGAUAAAAAUAAAUCUCAGGAUGGCUCAGGCAUCAAAAGAAGGUUGGUGUGGCCUGAAGGGAAGCAGGAAAAAACAGAAGCAGAUCAAGCAAGCAGGGAAGGUGCCUUGUGGAAUAAAACACAGGGUAAUUGGAUCAAUCCAGCAUCCAAGGAAGGAGUACAGAAACCCCCUCUGCAUGUGGUGCCUUUGCCUUCGGCUGCAGGGAGCGUGGAUGCCAGCCGGGCAGGGACCAGGGGGGCAGCAGGUCCCUCCAAGCCCAUCAGCUCUGCCUCCAACCAGCCUGCCKUGGAUCCUGAGGAGGAGGAGCUGUUUGCUGACUGUCUGCCCAAGAACCCUCAUCCCCCUGCUAAGAGGCGGGUGCCGGAAUGGUUUGGAACCUCAGCAGCAACRGCUGGACCUGUAACCCAGAUCAAGAAAUGCAAAACAGAAACCAGAAAAGGGAUUUUCAGUUAAAUGUGGAAAUCAAGUUGAUUUUUUUUUUUUUUUGAGUCUUCCUUCCCACCACCAGGAGCAUUAUGUGCAGAGACWGUUGCCUCACAGGGGCUUUAAGUGCCUCUAGUCUACUCUGCAUUCCUCCUGCUGCCUUAUCUGUUCCUCAAGCAGCACUUUCACGACUUUUUCACUGUGUGAAAUGCAAUGUAAAUAAAAA